CCUGCGUAAUCUAACAUGAUAACACAGAAGAAGCAAUGGCCACUGGACGGUCAGCUUUCAAAACGUCGUUCGCUUCAGUCGAUUUUUGAGCAAAAUAAAACGGUUUAUUGGCCGUCGUCUGCAAAGAUGGGAGACAACCAUCAAGAAUCUGUAAAAUACGAUCUUCUAGAUUCCUCGGUUAAAACUAUUAUUAACAAGGCUCAGGCCAUUAGAGAAAAAGCAUAUUGCCCUUACAGCAAAUUUGCAGUGGGCGCGGCACUGUUGUGUGAAGAUGGAACUAUAGUUGAUGGCUGCAAUGUUGAAAAUGUUUCAUAUGGCUUGACAAUAUGUGCAGAAAGAGCUGCCAUUUGUAAAGCUAUUUCCCAAGAACAGAAAUCUUUCAAAUGCAUAGCCAUUUGCGCUGAGAUGGAAGACUACUUUGUCAGUCCUUGUGGAGCUUGUCGGCAGGUUCUAGCCGAAUUCAACACUGGCAUGGAAGUCUACUUGUGCAAACCAAAUAACGACAUUGUAAAGACUUCGGUGACGAAGUUGCUACCACUCUCAUUUACACCAAACUGGGUUUCGUUUUCCACAUGAUUCUCCUCGUUUUCCACAUGAACCCCAAAAUGUCACUAUUUUUGUCCAAAAAUAUCAUAAAAAUGACAUUAUCAUACCA